UCGCCGGUGCGAGCACAAAGCAGCUGACCGAGCAGAGAAGACGAAGAAGAAGAAGAGAGGUGACAGCUCUCACAAGUCGCAGUGUGAGUAACUCUCCUGGAAGACUGCAAGACAACCUUGAUGAUGGCAAUAACACAACAACUACAACACAAAGAGCAGAUACUGCCACAUAAAACCUUGGACUGUACUGGACCACCAAAAGAUGUAAUGGACUGAUCGAGCAGCUUUUAUUCUGUGAGAACUGGUUUGCAUCAAGCGUGGUUUUGCUUCGGGGCUGUCCUUGCCAUGCCACUCUUCAGCUGGCCGAAAUGGACCCAUGACACAUCCACACAGGCUGAAAACUCAUCUCUGAGAUGCCCUGGGGACCGACCACAGCACGAGUUGAUCCGAGAGCUUCUAUGGCAUGUGCAGGAGCUCGAGUGCACGGCUAGGAUGCUGGACCUGGAGCACAGGCUUGUCCACAGCACCGUGGACCACCCAUGUUUUCAGAGCAACCCCAGAUGGAGGACCCUCAUCCCCACAACAGAGCUAGACCAACUGGAACUACUGUGCGCUGGCAUCCCGCCUGUCCACGCUGCAGCAGUGCUCUCCAGGUUUCGUGAGGUGCUUGCAGCCAGCAAAGUGAUGCCAUGGGAGCUAGUCUCUGUCUUCAAGCUGGUCCUGAGAGACGUCGACCAAAGGUGUGAUGAAGAGCACCGCCCCUCAGGGAAGGUGAAGCAGUUCCCAAAAACGGGGUUUUGGACAAGCCGCAAUAAAUUGGAGCAUAACAUUGUCAAAGCAAGCAGUAGUGAUGAAAAGCUAAGGGAAGAGAUCCCAACUGUUUCUGGAUAUGUGGACAGAGUCAUGCGGUACACCAACUGGCUCACGGCAAAAAGGGAAUGGGAACUUCCAUAUUACUGUCCAGUUCCCAUGAGGUCAACGGAGGCAUGUAACACACCGAGAGGACACGGUUGUCAAUGAAUCCACCAUUAAUUUGUAAUUUAUGUCUUCAAAGUAGAAAAUACAGACUGCACUUCAUUUCAAAUAUAUAUACGUUGAUUCAAGUUGGUUGUAUAUAUUUAUACUAAAUAAACAGAAAAAUAAUCAUGACAAAAAAAGUAAUCACCAUGUACCGGUACAUCAGUGGCAAAAGAUCUAUCUGUGCCACUCCAAAGAUUCAAUAAACCUGAUUUGAAAAUCAUUUAUAAAACUUCAUUUACAUCAUAAAUUGUACUCUAAAACAUGCACAUAUUCGUGGCUUGUCGUGUAUUUUUGUGUAGUGACUUUCUUUUACUUUUAAGUUGGCGCCCAAACGUGCUGCUCCGGUUACGGCCCCAUGUUAGGAGGGGCAACGAGUUUGCCACCAGCUCUUAGCUCGACAACGUGACAGAAAAAAGCAGUGUCUGCGAUUCAUAUGUCUUUUUUAUUUUUCUUGUGUUUGUUCCAUAAAACGUGUCACACAAUACUGAUAAACCGAAACGAGCACACGUGCGGGUGUAAAGGCUAACCAAGCUAGCCCUGCUCAAGUUCACCUUUUCGAUGCUGAAAAAUGAUCCUACCUCGUCUCUUUCGACGUCCCAGACAAUUUAUU